GCAUGCCUGUUGCCAGCAGCUGCCACAGGCACAGCGAAGAUGGCAGACGCUCUGAGCAAAGUGCCCGACAUCGACAUUGAUCCAGAGGGAAAGUUUAAAUACAUAUUAGUGAACAUAAAGGUUAAAGGUGGAACGGAACAAAAAGUGAUAGUGAGGGGAACUAAAACUGCGGAGUACCACAAUCACAUAUUUGAAAAAGUGAAUCCUGCUAUGGAGACCUUGGGACUGGAGUGUAGUUGUCUUGGUGGUGGCAAGAUAGAGCACAACAACACAGAAAAGAAACUUCGAGUGUUUGGAGAGUCUACGGGAUAUGGGAAGGCUGACCAUGCUGUCACAGUGGAAAAGCUAAAAUCUGUCUUCAAAGACUAUGAAAUCAUUAUGGAAUAAAAUACUAAAUUGAUCACUUUAAAUGGGCAUGAAUAUUUUGUGAAAGUACACAAUUUGAUAACACUUCAGCUAUCCCUUAUUUUCAUUUGGAUAAAAAUUUAGGCUGAUGAGAUGGUAAAUAAAUGUUCACUGAUCUGUCAGCAGUGUCAAAGUUGAGGUUAGAUCGCUGACCUUGAUAGCGAGGUCUAACAUGCACAGGAACUCUGCGUGUGUUUUUAGCAGAGUCAUAAACAAUUCCAGUCUCCUGUCUCCAUCACGGAAUGUGUCUGUGUAGAGAUCAGGAACAGAUAAAAGAGUGUCUAUGAUUCAUGGUAUGUCUAAUUAACUUGUUACUGGACUUCGUUGAGAAAUUUGGCUUUGAGAUACAAGCAUACAAAUUUUUAUGGAUCCAUAUUUGGUAAAAAAAAAAAACAUUUUACUGAAUCAGUCACCAUUACAAUUAAAUUGUAAAGGCCCAUUAUUGUGUAAAGUCUUACAUUUAUAUAAUUAUAGUGCAUAUGGAUCUUAUUUUACACAUGGCAUGUGUUUUGAACAUAAGUGAUUUUUCCAUCCUGUUUCUAAGUUAAAACCUUCACCAGUUUCCUCUAGCCUACCGUGAGACC